CUGGACCCCGAGGGGCAGGAGGGGUAUUGACAGGAGGGGUAUUGACAGGAGGGGUAUUGACCCUGAGGGCAGGAGGGCAGUAGGGGUAUUGACAGGAACAGGUUUGCCUCCAUGUUGAUCUGUGUUGUGUUUCUUUUGAAGUCAUGGACGAAGUGUUGGACGACGCGGUGGUGCUGUGUGCAGGUAAAGUGGCCGUCAGUCUUCUGCUCCUGCCGUCCCUGACCUCGUCCUCCUCCAGUCCAGUCAGCUUCUGCUGCUGCUGCAUCCUGGUCUUCACAGACCUCGUGGUCACAGCGGUUGUUGUUCUCCUCUCCAUCCUGGAGUCCUGGUUGGUCGACCUGACGCCGCUGAGUGAUGUCAUCGCCCUGCGCUUCUUACUGUUUCUCAGCCACACGUACGGCGUGGGGAUCCUGCUGACCACACCUCUGAUGGCGGCGGAGACUCUGAUCAGACAUCUGUGGCUGAACGCUGCCCCUGCUGGCAGAACCGACACUACGACCUGGGAACACGGCCGAGGUGGAGACGGGGAGGAGGAGGGAGAGGACGGGGUGAAGGUGGAGGAGGAGCUCAGCAGCAGGGUGGACGUGGUCGGGGGUUACCUCUGCUGUCUGUUGCUGUGGGUGGGCGUGGCUCUGAGCGUCAGGUGGCGCUGGACGCUGCAGCAAGGAUGGACGGCGGCCUGUUUGCUCAACGCCAACUCCCUCAUCCAGUGUUUACCCACCUGGACCAGUCUCACCGCCGGCACCGGCAGUGCCUCCUGGGACGUGCCCCUCCUGCUCCUCCUGCUCCUCCUGCUCCUCCUGCUCCUCCUGCUCAGGCAGCGAAUACGAAACUCUGACGUUUGUUGGAAACUCCUGGUCCCCGCUCCACAGACAGACGGGGGCAGAACAGACUCCUGGAACUGGAAGAACACGUGUACACACCUGACAUUUACCACUGAGGGCAGCUGGAGUUACCCCUGCCUGGGGCUGAAGGUGCUGAUGGGGCUGGUGGCUUUGAUCUCCUUCUUUGUUCUGCCUCUGUUCCUCAGCGUGAACGUCCUCCUGGUCUGGACCGUAGAGUCUCUGCUGCAGGUCUGCAUCAGACGGUCAUCAGACCGCAGCCACAGGUCGGUCUGUGACACUGGAGCGUUUGUAUGAGGGGGUGGGGGGGGGGGGGGGGGGGGGGGCGGAGGGGGGUAAAGGUGAAACAUAGAUGAAGAAGUCGUGUGCUAACAGGUUAGUAAUGCACAGACCGACCCGUCAGACCGACCUGUCAGACCGACCCGUCAGACCGACCCGUCAGACCGAUGACGGAUGUGUGGUCAGAGCUGUGGGGCGCUGCAGGUCCAGGCCCGUCUGCUGCCCACAGGAACAGAUGGCUCCACGUUUGUCUUUUACUAUUCAAACUCUGGUCUGGACCCGUCCAGAGGCCGCAGUACUGAUGUUGGAUCACAGGUGAUCGUUUCUAAUGUCUGAAACCAAACUGGGAUCCAGACCUCGGUCCAGGUCCUGGAUCCAGACCUCGGUCCAGGUCCUGGAUCCAGACCUUUGAUUUGACUGAAACAGACUGUGUUUCCUUUUUGUGUUGAGUCUUAAACCAAAAGUAAAACUUCUCAAAAGUUCCAGAAACUUCUUCUCUGAUGUCAAAUUGAAAUGAUUUACACCUUGAAGGUCAGACAGAAACAUCAGAGCUGGAGUCUGUCCAACAGGUCACAACACCAUGAAAUGUUAGAUUUUUUUCUAAUUGAAUGAUUUCGUCACAAUACGAUAAUAAAAUAAAAGACAAAGAAGGAGUUGCUUCCUCCUCCCACCAGGGGGACUCAACUGUAAUCUAAACUGUACUUCAUUUCCUCUUCUUUCUCAUCUUUAGUUCAGUUUUCAGUCAAAUACACCAAAAAAUAAAAUAAAAUAAAAAACAGGAGUUUUUUGAUUUGAUUCACGUGACGUUUACGUCACAGAAAUGUAUCCAGAUUCGAUUUGCUAUAUUAAAAACAUUUUGUCCGUUCUGUCAAACUAUUUUCCACCUCUUGUGGGCGCACUGCUCUCAGUCAACACCAGGAUUCACCAAUCAACAAGUCGCUCCUCUUUACAGGCGUGAGCACAGCACCAAGGCAACACCAGAGGGCGCUCCAGCACAACGACAAGAAUGUCUCCUGAAGCGAACAGUAACCGCGGCAGCCACAGUCCGUACUGAAUGUAUCACGACCUGAAUGGAUAGGGUUCGAGACUCGAACUAUGAAGAGUGUGGAGGAGGUUGCUGAAACCGCUGCACCACCGGUCUGCCCGGUGAGAGGACGUUUGAAUGACGCUGCUGUUUUCACUGUCAGGUCUGACGGAAAAACGGGGGCAUGAUGACGUCAGAGAGAAAAAAACGAGAAGUUUCAUCAGAGACAGUUGUUCUAACGGGAACUAGUACAAACACAUCCCUAAUCCUAAUCUAAUCUGACCGUAAUCCUAAAACACCAGAGGACCCGAACCACGUGUCCCCACCAGUACAGCUACACAGGAACACACAGAAACACACGUUCAAACAGCCAAUAAAAAGACGUGUUUCUGUGACGA